AUGCAGGACUCCAAAAGCAAGUUCAAAAAGCUUGCAAAGAGCCAAUGCUCCUCUGCCAACUUGGUGUUUGGCCUUGCUUGUGCUUGUGCAGAAAGCCCAAGAAGACGAAAAGUGUUUCAACGUUUCUGGUUGUUUUACUGGCAGGUGACUUACUUUACCUCGCUGUCAAGACAACAGGAGUUUGAAGGAAUUACCAAGAGUGUGAUUCCACUCUUCUCCGUGACGUAUUUCUUGACAAUAACCUUUGCAAUCGUCUCUUGCCUAAGACUGAGCUGUAUAAGAAAUAAUACCUGGCUUGCAAGCUGUGGAGUGCUUUCUUCUGGCUUAGCUGUAUUGAGCAGCUUUGGAUUGCUGCUCUUCUGUGGAGUGCCGUUUGUGGUCACUGUAGCAAAUGCACCAUUCCUCAUUCUGGGGGUUGGCGUUGAUGACAUGUUCAUCAUGAUUGCUUCCUGGGAACAAAGUUUAAGGAAAAAAGAGAAAUCCAAUGUUAAAUCUCUGCUGGCUGAGACUUAUUCAGAGGCAGCACUUUCUGUGACCAUCACCACUCUGACGGAUGUUUUGGCCUUCUUCAUUGGCACCUGGACUGCUUUUCUGUCCGUGAGGUCUUUCUGCCUCUAUACAGGGACAGCUUUUAUCUUCUGCUAUGUAUAUACCUUGACCUUCUUUGGGGCAGUUCUGGUAUUAAAUCACAAAAGGGAGCAAGGGAACCGGCACUGGCUGACUUGUAUGAGUGUGGAUGUAGGUAAAGAUCAGGCUGAGAACUCCCGCUUGUACAAUGCUUGCUGUAUCGGCAGCUCUUCUAGGCAGCCAUCUGAGCCAGAAGGUGACCAUCCAAUGAACGUAUUCUUUAAGAAGUAUUAUGGCCCUUUUGUUACAAAUAAAUGGAGCAAGGUGCUCAUGGUGUUGCUCUACGGAGCAUAUUUGGCCGGCAGCAUUUAUGGGUGUACUCAGGUCAGGGAAGGCAUCGAUCUCCGAAAUCUGGCAAAUGAUGCCUCCUAUGUUAUUCCAUACUAUGAUGAUGAUGACAAAUACUUCUCCACAUAUGGACCCAGGGUCAUGGUUGCCAUUAGUGAGAGUGUAGAUUAUUGGAACGAGUCGGUGCGCCUUGGUAUUGAGAGCUGUGUACAGAAUUUAGAGAACAUUUCCUAUGUAGAUAAGAACCUCACAGAGUCAUGGCUGAGAGUAUACACAGAACUUGACAAAAGGGGUUUGAUAAAUAUAAGCAGUAAAACUGACUUCUUAAAUAACUUAAAUGUACUGUUCAGAGCUCGUCCCAGUUUUGAGUGGGACAUAAACAAGACUCAGGAUGAAAUAGAGGCUUCACGUUUCUUCAUCCAGACAGUGAAUGUGACAUCAGCCUGGAACGUCAACCUCGAUUCCAUAUCCAUGAUCAACCUGGUCAUUUGCAUUGGGUUUUCAGUAGAUUUUUCUGCUCAUAUUUCCUAUGCCUUUGUUACAAGUGGAGAGUCAUCGGCCAAUAAAAGGGCAAUUGAAGCUCUGUCCCUGCUAGGUUACCCAGUUCUACAAGGUGCAGUUUCUACAAUACUGGGCGUAGUUGUCCUGGCCGCAGCGAGCACCUACAUCUUUAGGACAUUUUUCAAGAUCAUGUUCCUUGUUAUUUUGUUUGGGGCUCUUCAUGGUCUUGUUUUUAUUCCAGUGUUUUUAACAUUUUUUGGAAACUUUGGCAGAUCACCCAAUACCAUAUCUAAAAAACUUGAGCUUGAGAAAUUAUAGUUUGUUUGUGACUAAAUUUAGUAAAUUAAGUUUUACUUAUUAUAUGUAGAUUCAAUUGUAAUGAUUGUCAGGGAAUGUAAGACAUGAAGAAAAUUAAAGCUAAAAAAAAUAAACUCAACAGGGAAGCAAAGGCUUCAGAAAAGCCAGGCAAGAAAAAUAAUAAAUUAAAACUUAGAGAUUACAUUUGCAUUUUUAAUUUUUGUGUCAACAUGUUAAUGUUGUUAAGUAUUUUUUGUGUCUACUGAA